CAUCGGUAACUACAGUAUAGUCCCUCUCUCUGUGUGUGCUCCGUGCAGCGUUUGCUCGCGGGAGGUGCAGCGUUAGCUCACCAAAAGAUUGUAGCGUUCACUCACUAUAAUAGGCGCAGCGUUUGCUCACCAGCCAUUGAUACUCUACUUUACGCUAACAUGUAGUGCAUUUGACAGGCGUGCGAGUAGUCCGACAAACACCACCCAGCGUCAUGGAGAGGGCGCUCCAGCUCCGGCAGGACGUGGCGCAGCGACAGUGAAGAUCCUUCGGCGACUCGGGCUACUUACGGUCAAUAAUGCUGUGGUAUGUGGUGACGCUGACUGGUGCUGGCAGAUGGCCUUGCUAGCGAAUCCCGGAGCUGGCCGAUGCCUGUGCUGGCGGUAUGCGAGGGCUACGGCCAUGCCGUCCGCGUCAGUGUAUCGGCGUUGUGGCCGUGGUCAUGUUGGUGUACGACGUGUUGCUGGGUGGUGGCGGCGGGCUGGACCUGCACGGUGGCGAUGGGUACUUCCGGCGACUCGAGCUUGUUCUGAUCGUGAAAGGGCUAGUCUGCGAUGAUGGUGGACGCGACCACGGGGCGUUCUAGUUUGUCAAGGAAUGGUGCUGGCGGAUGGGAUGAUCGUGCUGGCGGAUGGCUGUGCUGGCCGAUGCCGGUGCUGGUGGUGUGCGAGGACUACGGCCGUGACGUCCGUGUCAUUGUUUCGGUGGGAAGCCGUUAGUCGCUGGACGUGAUCAUGGUCUGGCGCGUGAUGUUGUGAGCGUAUGCCCGUGGUGACCAACGACGCAGAUGCUGGCGGAUAAUAGUCUGCGUCAGUGUUUGCUAAGCGGUGUUGGUGAGCGUGUACACAAUGCUGCUGGCUGGUGCCGGUGUGUAGCGAUGGCUCCGGUCAUUUCGACUGAGUCUGCGUAAAGUACCAAGAGAUAUUGCUAAGUUGCGACACCGUGGCAGCGGAAAAAGGUGAACAGUCCAAGUAUGAGUGUUAUCGUGUGUCGAUCGAUUAUGAGUGUAAUAGUGUGGUGAAGGCGUCGUAGAAAUAAAAAAAUAGAAAAGAAAAAAAACAAACUU